CUCUAUCAACCUCCAUAGAUUUCAACUCCGGCUCGUCGCUCCAGAAUUCGCCUGAUCGUCCGUUCACCCAAGUGGGGAUACCUGCUUAUGGAAGCUCAGCCUACCAGCCUGUUUUGUGGUUUUGGAUCUCGCUCGCCUGCCUGCUGUCUGCUACCACCUUUCAGUAGAGGAAAUCAUUUCCCCAGCUGCAGUCGUACCGUGUCGUCUUCAGGUUCUCUGAUCCUCAGAUAUGAACCCAAAUCCAGAUCCAGAUCUCACCAUCAUCCUGCUUGGAAAAGCAGGAGUUGGUAAAAGUGCUUCAGGAAACACCAUUCUUGGAAGACCAGUGUUUGAGUCGCAGCUGUCCUAUAAAUCAGCUACAAAACAAAUUCGUGAAGAAAGAGGAGAAGUGUUUGGGAAACAGAUCUCAGUGGUUGACACUCCGGGAAUAUUAAACACAGAGGAGGAGCUUAAACAGUUCUGCCAGCAGCUCCUGCAGUCCUCCAGACGUUGUCUGUUCCUGGUGGUGAUCAGAGUUGGACGGUUCACAGAGGAGGACCAGAAGGCUGUGAAGGCAGCUAUGGGAGUCCUUGGGCCUCGGGGGAUGAAAGCUACUUACCUGCUGUUCACUGGAGGUGAUGCUUUAAAGGACAUCAAGACACUGGAGGAGUUUAUCUUUGAAGAUGAUGAAGGUACACUUCCAGAUCUUGGUAAAAUGUUUGCGGGGGCGUAUCACCUCUUCAACAAUGAGAUUGAUGAUAAAGACCAAGUCAGAAAGCUGCUUCUGAAGUCAGGCCGCCUCAGGACCCAGAUCCGACCUGAUCCCCCAGCUGAUGCUUCUAGAGACAGGAGGAUCGUGCUGCUCGGUCUACCUGGAGGAGGGAAGACUUCAUCAGGAAACACCAUCCUGGGAUCAGAUCUGUUUGAAUCAGCUGGUGGUUUUGAUCCAGUCAGUACAGAGACCGUCUCUGGGUCAGCCACAGUGGGGGGUUGUAAGGUCACAGUGGUGAACACUCCAGGAUUCACUGAUAUACUUCUGUCUAAUAAACAGCUGUACCUGGAGGUCAUGAAGUCUAUAGUAGAGGCCAGUCCAGGACCACAUGCCUUCAUCAUCGUGGUCAGACUGGGCAGAAUCACAGCAGCAGACGUUAAACUGUUUGAGCUACUUCCUAAACUGUUUGACAGAAAUGCUCUUCAGUACUCCAUGGUGCUUUUCACUCAUGAAGACCAACUAGGCAGUCGGUCUAUUGAUCAGGAGAUCCAGUCCAACAUAGAUGUAAAAAAUCUGGUCUCCAUGUGUGGUGGUAGAUACUGUGUGUUUAACAACAAAGCCAGCAGAAGCAGAGAGCAGGUUAGAAAGUUCCUGAACACAGUAGAUGAGAUGGUCACAGCUAAUGGUGGACAGCACUACACCAAUGACAUGUUCAGGAUGGCUGAGACCUUCUUUAAGGAACAGAGGAACCUGUCAGGAGAGACAGCAGGAGAGACAGGUCUGUCAGGUAAGCCAGUUCCAUCAGGAGAGACAGGUCCAUCAGGCAGCAGAGAAGGCAGAAAUGUCUGGGAAAGAUUUAAGCUUUAUUUGCCACAUAAUGAAAAGGUCCCGAUUUUAAGUGCUGCAGGGGCUGCAGAGGCUGCAGGGGCUGUAGGGGCCGCAGUAGCUGCAGGGGCCGCAGGGCUUGCACAGGCUGCAGGGCCUGCAGUUGCCGCAGGUGCUUCACGAGUUGCAGAGGCCGCUGGGGCUGCAGGGGCUGUAGGGGCUGCAGUAGCUUCAGGGGCCGCAGGGCUUGCACAGGCUGCAGGGCCUGCAGUUGCCGCAGGUGCUUCACGAGUUGCAGAGGCCGCUGGGGCUGCAGGGGCUGUAGGGGCUGCAGUAGCUGCAGGGGCCGCAGGGCUUGCACAGGCUGCAGGGCCUGCAGUUGCCGCAGGUGCUUCACGAGUUGCAGAGGCCGCUGGGGCUGCAGGGGCUGUAGGGGCUGCAGUAGCUUCAGGGGCCGCAGGGCUUGCACAGGCUGCAGGGCCUGCAGUUGCCGCAGGAGCUUCACGGGUUGCAGAGGCCGCUGGGGCUGCAGUGGCUGUAGGGGCCGCAGGGCUUGCACAGGUUGCAGGGCCUGCAGUUGCUGCAGGAGCUUCACGGGUUGUAGAGGCUGCAGAGGCUGCAGGGGCUGUAGGGGUCGCAGUAGCUGCAGGGGCCGCAGGGCUUGCACAGGCUGCAGGGCCUGCAGUUGCCGCAGGAGCUUCACGGGUUGCACAGGCUGCAGUGCCUGCAGUUGCUGCAGGAGCUUCACGGGUUGCAGAGGCCACAGGGGCUGCAGUGGCAGCACGGGCCAAAGGGCUUGCACAGGCUGCAGGGGCUGCAGUGCCUGCAGUUGCUGCAAGAGCUUCACAGGUUGCACAGGCUGCAGUGCCUGCAUUUGCUGCAAGAGCUUCACGGGUUGCAGAGGCCAUAGGGCCUGCAGUGGCUGCAGUGGCUGCACGGGCCAAAGGUCUUGUACAGGCUGCAGGGGCUGCAGUUUCUGGGGCCACAAUUGCCGCAGUUGCCGCAGUGGCUGCAUGGGUUGGCCGGGCUGUUGGGUCUGGAGAGUCUAAACGGGCUGCACAGGCAGCAGGGGCUGCAGGGUCUGGAGAGUCUAAGUAGGCUGCACAGGCAGCAGGGGCUGC